CGGAGAGAUUUAGGUUAUAACGGGGGGGCAGUCACGGAGUCAGCAAGCAACAUGGCCUUCAUCCGCCCAUUCAAGCCCGAGGAUACUGAAGCUUGUAAGCAUAUUUGCCGAGCGACCCUCCCCCCGUCCCUAGCCGCCUCCCCAGCAGCAGUGAAACUGGCCCCGUACCUAUGGACACUGCAAUUCACGCACCUCUUCCCAGAGCACUGCUUCGUGCUGGACGACGGGGAGGGAACCGCGGUGGGGUACGUGCUUGGCGCGCCCGACGUGUUUGCCCUCCAGCGCGAGUACCCACGGUACAUUGCCGAGGUGCUUGCGGUCGAUGACGGCGGGGUGCCGGUGCCGAGGGGGUUUGCGAGGCGCGAGCCGUGGACUGUUACUACCACCACUGGUGCUGAGGGGAGUAAUGGCAGAGGUGGGGGUGGGGGUGGUGAAGAAAAUGGUGCAGGUCAAAGUCAGACUACAUGUGCUAAAGAGGAAGUGGUGAACGGUGCGUGUCUUGCGCAGUUGGCGUACAAGGUUGAGUGGCUUAUUGGUCUGGACUCCGGGGACGGGGACGGGGCGGUGGAAGGGAAGGAGGAGAUGGUCAGGGGGUGGAGAGCCAUGAUGCACAUCGACCUGCUCGAGGGGUAUCAGGGCAAGGGAUGGGGGAGGCAGAUGAUUGAGAGGUUUGUUGAGUCGGUCAGGAGGAGUGGGUGUGAUUAUGGGAGGGGCAUUCAGAUCGGGGUUGCGGGGGAGAAUGACAAGGUCGUGGGCUUCUAUGAGAAGGUUGGGUUCCGAGUCUAUCCCGGCGGGGAGAAGGAGGGGAAUGUAUGGAUGGUGAGAGAUCUGUAG